GAGCCUGUCAUCGGAAUGUUUCAUCAAUCAAAAGUGUGUAGAGCGUUUGGCGUUUCUGUCUCGAGUGUGGAAUCGAAGGCACAGCUGGUACAGCGCAGGAUCGGGUGUAUUUGAAUGAGAUUCACGCCAUUUUCGUGCCCUGGCACAGAACCUGUACGGGCAAAUCGAAACCUCCGUCCGUCGGCAUUUCAUCACGGAAAAGUCUCGUUCUCCUGUUUUCCUGUGUCUUACCCCUUAAUCUCCCCUGUGAUCUCAGGCUCAUCACGAACUGGUAAACGCCUGUUUUCCGUUCUGCCGAAAUUCGCGCUCUGGUUUUCCACCGGCUGGGUCUGCCUGGAAAGGACCUUUUCUGUCGACUGUCGGGAGAGUUUUAACGGGAGGGUCGCAGUUGGCCUUUUCCCGUGGCUUUUCACGUGCGAAGACAGGAAAAGGCGUUGAGGAAGCUCUCAGAAAAGGGAUUCGGCUUUUAUUGGAGCACGUGCGAGGCUCCCCCGCUGUUGUUGGAGCACUCGUUCGCGCGGUUUCGGCAACCGCGGACUAAAAGCGUUCAUGUCUUGCGAAACAUUUAAGCGGAUUGCCCGCAAAGGUGUUCCAUCGUCGUUGAUCGCAAGUGUUUUUCCGGCGGAUUUCUUCAUAGGUCGCGUCAAACCGAUGUUCUCCAUGCGGAACGAGUGCACGGGCAUGAUCAUUUCGGGGCACUCCACGAUCACCUGCUGCUGCAUGGCCACCUGGCUGCUGUACGGAAAUGCGAACCGUGAAGACCAAGACACCAAAGGCGUGCUGUUCUACGAGGUUGCUCGGUUUCUCGCAACUCGUCUCCAGAAAGUUCGAGCCUCUGCCAGACAGCUGACGACUCAGUACGCGAUAACCCCCGCCUUCGACGUCGAAGAAGGAUCUGAGACUGUGCCGCAGGCGGAAAGCGAAGAGGAGCUGUCGUCUGCUUCCGGCGUAUUCGUUCAAGAGGACCGGAGAAAGACCCGCGUGGCUGCCUUCCUUCGCCUGAACCUCCUGCGCUCCCUAUGCCUCGUCGUGGGUGUCGUCAACCUCUGUCUCAUCGUCUGCUCCUUCAACCACUACUCCAUCGACGUAUUUAUGGCUCUGAACUUUACCUUCGGCGCCUGGUGUCUGUACCAUUGCAUCCUCUCCCUGAUCUGGGCGGAGAAAGAGGAGCGCGACAAGCGACAGAAAGUCGCGCUCCUCAGAUCUGAAGGCAUCGCUGCCGGCGCGGCCACAGACUCAGACGCCGAUGCGCUCUCCGAAGCAUCCACAGUGAGCAGCCUGGAGAGCGGCGCCUUGGUGACCGGAUCCACGGUGAAGAAGGCCGAGCCGCCCAAUCCGCCGAAAGAAAACAAACCCGGAUUCUCCGCGAUCAACUUCCCCCUCGUGCGUAUCGGAGUCAGCAUCGUUCGCGCCAUCGAGGGACUCUAAGGUGUCCAUACAGCUCCCGGAGAACACAGACUGGGAAGGUUCAGCAGGCAAGCUCUCCUUCCCCGGACGGUGACUCUUGUUUCCGAAGCCGACAAAUAAUACACACGCGUCGAACAUGCGUGUACGCAUAUAUAAGUCGAUUUGCGUUUUCAAGCGUUGAGUGUGCCUGCGGUACACAUGCGCGAGUUCCUCAACGGGUAUCUCGCUUUUUUUUCCGACUCCCGUGUAUAUCUGUUUUCGACAGAAGGUGAUUUCUGCUCCUCUGUGGGUAUAGCGGGCGUCACCGCAGCUGCGAGGGGAACGACACAGUUUCAUAGGUGCAUGUAUGUGUGUGUCCGCUUCUCAAGGGAUGAUAAGGAAGCCACGUAGACUGGAUGUACACCCAAGAGACAGGAAGCGAGGAGUCCCGGUCUCAUGUUGUCACUGCACAUUUUUUCCGCGAGGCCGGGGCGAUGCAGCAACUCGGCUGCACACUCGAGAAGCAGAGUGCAUUCCUAGAUCGACGUGAAUCCCUGGGAAGGAGAGGGCAGAGAGGAGUCAGGUGUUCCUAGAGGAGAGAAGGGAGAUUUUAUAGAGUAGACGAAACCGCGACAUUCAAGCCCUUUCUUUGGUUGGCUGGGUGUCAGUUCGCUGCUGUUAUUCUUGGAGAUCGGCCUCUGUCUGAGCGCCGCUCAAGUGUCGGUGUCGUCGCACCGGAGUAGACUGCAGAUGUUCCAGUGUACGCGUCCGCAAAGGGAAGCCUGCCUUUUCCAGGGCAAAGAACUUCGAAAAAAACGAGGGGCUCUGGCCAGAAGGAGGCACGAGUCGCUCAUGUGGACUCCGUAGUUCGGGUGUACGUUCGGUUGUCUCGUGUGCGCGAAGGACUCAGCUCUUGCUUCGAGUGUGUCAUGUCUUCUUGGGUGCUUUUGACGACUAUCCACGCCCCGGCGACGCGCCUGUCCUCGCCGGAGGCGGAAAAUCCGCUGAGGCACUUUUUUAACGGUAUCUGUUCUUGCAGAGGCCUUGUGUCGUCUUCGCACAUAUCGCUACGUGUUCCAGAGACGAUCGCAAGCUUUGUGUGAGGAAACUUUAGCGGAAACUGCAUGCCAGGUGCGGCGACCCGUGGGACGACUUGAGUGUCAACGAACCCCAGAGAAACGCGCCCAGAAACUGCUGUCGGGGUUCGGCGACGAGCUCUGCAGCUCUGUGCGGGAGGACUGACCCGUGACGGCGCUCGACCAAACGUAGAUUUUUUCGCAGACACAACGCUGUGGCAACUCAGGGACUGCGGGAUGUGAGACACCCUCUCGCGAAUCACUCCAGGUAGCAGAACCCAGGGUGGCAUGCACGGUGGCGCGUUGUGGCUAGAGGAAGCAGACUGAACACGAAGCAGACAUCUAAGCGGAAGUUAAAUAACUGUAACUCCAGUUAAACACUUCUCGACUCUUGUGAAUUUAAAUUCACACGAAAGAGGCCGCCUCACAUGCACCCAGGUAAAUUCCCCUUUCGCGCCAGGGAGCUGGACGAGACGUUUCCUUGCCGGAUACCCCAACGAAAGUGGUGAGACACGCGCCACUGACACGAGCAGAUUUGCGAAAACGCUUUCUGCCCGAAAUUUUUUUGUCUCUGGCCGAGGCGUAUAAGUGUGUGCAGAACAAGCCUUCUGCGGUAUAGAGACACUGGAAGGAAAACCGCGUUGUCCGUGGGAACUGCGUGACACGGGCAAGUGCACUGAGUUUUGUGGCGGCAAACCACAAGUCAGGAAAGGAGCGGGAACAGUCUCGGCUGCCGGUGCACAAACCGACAUCCUGGCCGACGUGGUUACGCAUCCAUCUCCUUCCUUUCCUACCCCCUCUGUGAAAGCGCUUAUAUAUAUGUAUAGAUGUGCAUCCGACUAGAC